CUGGAUAUUGUUCAUACCAACAGUUCAACGUUCUCCUUCUCUGGAUACCCCUUGAGUCGAACAAAUAUGCUGAGGAGUAGCGAGAAACCUCACCUACAUGACGAGACAAGCUCCCAACUGACAGACGACGAAAAGGCAGAGAAAGAUCGUGCAAGAAGCGCUCACAAAGCCAUAUUCGUUGUCUUCUUGUCGCUGCUUAUCGAUCUGAUCGCUUUCACGUGCAUUCUACCAUUGAUGCCGUCUAUUCUUGAUUAUUACAGUAGGACAGAUCAACAAGGACUGUACAGUUAUCUUCUGGAGAAAGUGCGCUAUUUUCGAACUUUAGUUGGAGCUCCAGAUACGUCAAGAUAUGACACAGUACUAUUUGGAGGUCUGCUCGGAUCACUCUUUUCUUUUCUUCAGUUUUUUAGUUCUCCUAUGAUUGGUAGUCUGUCGGAUGUGUAUGGAAGGCGACCAGUUCUCCUCUUGUCGAUGAUGGGCAUUGCUUUCUCAUAUGCUGUCUGGGCUGUUUCUCGUGAUUUCUCUUGGUUUGUUCUCGCUCGCGUUAUUGGUGGAGUCAGUAAGGGCAAUGUGAGUUUGAGUACAGCCAUUAUGACAGACGUGACAUCUUCUAAAAAUCGAAGCAAAGGAAUGGCCGUGAUAGGAGUUGCAUUCAGCAUUGCAUUUAUUGUUGGACCUAUCAUGGGAGCUAUAUUUUCUCGCUACACUGUAACAACGGUUGAUGUUGACGUGUACCCAUUUGCUAGAGCUGCAACGUUUUCUUGCUGUUUGGCUUUGGUGGAUAUUGUUUUUGUCUGGUGGUUUUUCAAGGAGACUUUGCCAAAAAAUCAAAAAACAUUUUCCAUUGGAAGUAGCCUUGUGGAGGCGUGGCACUUGAUUAAUCCUUUUUCUUUGUUUCAGUUCAGUGCCAUGCACAGUCUGCAGAGUGCAGAUCUCAAGAGAGUUAGAAUUCUUGGCUUUUCGUACUUUCUAUAUCUUCUUCUAUUUUCUGGACUGGAGUAUUCGUUGACAUUUCUCACUCACGAACGUUUCCAUUUCAGUGGAAUGGAGCAAGGCAAAAUGUUCUUGUUCAUUGGCAUCAUAAUGAUUCUCACUCAGGGCGUUUACGUUCGUCGUCGUCCUAGUGGCUUUGAGUUACAGACUGCAACUCAAGGCAUUGCCAUUCUCAUGCCUGGAAUGAUAAUGAUUGGAUGUGCCCAAGGUUUGACUUUGUUGUUCAGUGGACUGGCUCUUUAUUCAUUUGGAGCUGGAACUGUCGUUCCUUUCAUUACAUCGUUGAUUUCUCAACAUGGCUCAGAUAUGGAAAAGGGCAGGAUCAUGGGAAUAUUUAGAUCGUUGGGAGCUCUAGCAAGAGCUCUUGGCCCGGGACUAGCAUGUGCCAUUUAUUGGAGUUUUAGUGCAAUAACUUGCUAUCUAGGAGGUGCCCUACUGCUAGUUGUUCCUCUCAUGAUGUUGUCAUUAGCGAGAAAUAAGGCUAUAGAAUAGUCAAUGUUGACAAGGUGAGAGACCAGAUUGAACAGUUAGUUUGAAUGUACGUUCUAUAUCGUUUCCAUAGUUACAGUUCAAAUACAUCAAGUAUU